AUGUCUCUCGCUCCCCCAUUCACAGUCGAUUCGGCGCAUGCCAAGGUCAAGAAAGCGCAAGAUCUCUGGAACACUCAGAAUCCAGCCAAUGUAGCGAAGGCGUACACGGAGAACUCCGUCUGGCGUAACCGGACUUCGUUUAUCCGCGGACAUAUGGAGAUCGAAGAGUUCUUGACGAAAAAAUGGCAGCGCGAGAAGAACUACCGUCUGCGCAAGGAGCUUUUUGCAUUUACCGACAACAGAAUCGCUGUGCAGUUUUGGUACGAGUUUCAGGACGCACAUGACGAUAUGAAGUGGAAGCGAUGCUACGGUCUUGAGGAUUGGACAUUUGCUGAGGAUGGCCGUAUGGAGAAGAGACAGAUGAGCGGGAACGAUCUAGAUAUCACUGAAGUUGAGAGGUGGUUUGCAGGUGAUGUUGAUGUCAAUACGGUAAAAAUUGGAGAGCAGCAUUGGUGA